AUGCCGGAACGCAGUCGCACUGCAACCACAAGUACAGGCGCACCGAUUCGCUCGCCCGGGCUCAGUACAUCCGUUCGGUUUUCGACCGUCGGCGGCGAACAGGGGAGUGCUGAUACGGUGCGCGACCCGCGCGGGUUUGCGCUCAAGUUCUAUACAGAAGAGGGCAAUUGGGACCUCGUGGGGAACAACAACACGCCCGUGUUCUUUUUGCGGGACCCCAUGUUGGUCCCGAGUUUCAUCCACACGCAGAAGCGCUUACCGCACUCGCACUUGAAAGACGCCGACAUGAUGUGGGACUUUUUUUCUCUACGGCCCGAGACACUGCACCAGCAGAGUGUCUUGUUUUCCGACCGCGGAAUCCCCGACGGCUUUCGCCAUAUGAACGGCUACGGCAGUCACACGUUCAGUAACGUGAACGCCGACGGCGACACGACGUACGUCAAGUACCACUUCAAGACGGAUCAGGGUAUUCGUAACUUGUCAGUCGAUCAGGCAGCGGCACUCGCGGGAUCCGAUCCCGACUAUGCCAUUCGCGACCUCUACGAAGCCAUUGCCCAGCAGCAGUAUCCGUCGUGGACACUGUAUAUUCAGGCGAUGAGCGUCGACGAAGCUGCGAACGAGACGCUCAAUCCAUUUGACGUGACCAAAUUUGCAGAGAUUGAGCAGCUCGCGUUCUCGCCGUCGCCCGACAAGAUGCUGCAGGGCCGUCUGUUUUCGUACCCGGAUACACAGCGCCACCGGUUGGGGGUCAACUACCUGCAACUGCCUGUGAAUCGACCGCUCCAUGACCAAAGGAGGACCGCUGGAACAGGCGGUGCAACACGGCCCUCGCCACGUGGGCAUUGUGGCGACUGUUCGAUUGUCGACAAGUACGCAACGUCUGACGAAGACAAUUACUCGCAGGUGGGACUGUUUUACCGCAAGACGCUGGAUACCAAUGGUCGGGACCAUCUCACGGAUAACAUUGCAGCGUCGCUGGUGCGCGCGUCGCCGCCAGUGCAAGUGCGGGCGAUUGCCAACUUUUUCAAGUGCGAUGCACACUAUGGACGCUGCGUGCAGGAAAAAGUGGACGCGCUGACGGCUCAAGCGCAGCACGUGGAAUCUGCUGUGCGUCCGACGGCACCGCAGCUGAACCCGCCACGGAAGCACUUUGUACCGACCCCACCAUCGGAUGAUAUGACCCCGCGGUUGUGA